UCCCCCUCCUUCCUCGCUGCGCACUAGUUGUAUCUCGGUAUCAUAACUACGCACAAUGCAGAAAAUUCCCCCCGCGACCCUACUAGAGUGUGAGGAGUACACUAUCACAGGCGGCAUCAAGAUAGUUGACAGAUGGUUCCGCACGGCGCUUGACUAUUCGAACCCAGGGGCGGGCGAGAUUACCUUGUUCGCUAGGAAUGCCCUGCCAAAUAAGAAGGGAAAUGCGGAGUGCGGGGCCGCGUUGCCGUAUUUUCUAUACCUACAAGGUGGACCCGGUUUCGAAUGCGGUCCUCCGGAAAAUCACCCACUGACAAAUUUCCUUUUCGACAAGGGGUUUCAGGUCCUGUACCUCGACCAGCGCGGAACGGGUAUGAGCACGCCAAUAUCGCCUCGCAUGCUUGAAGAGGAUCGUGGUGGGAAGAAGCGGAGUGCGAAGGAGCAGGCGGAAUACGUGAAGUUGUUUAGGGCUGAUAACAUCGUGAGGGACUGUGAAGCAGUUCGUCAUGCACUGCUUGGACGGAAAGAGGAGGAGGAGGACAGGAAAUGGGGUGUUGUUGGUCAGAGCUUUGGUGGGUUCUGCGCGGUUACGUAUUUGUCAUUUUACCCCGAGGGCUUGAGGGAGGUCUUCACAACGGGCGGAAUGCCGCCGCUCGUGAAUGAUCCUGAUGAGGUAUACAAAGCACUGUGGGAAAAAGUGAGGUUGAGAAAUCGGGUCUAUUACAAAAAGUACCCGCUUGAUAUUGAGCGGGUUAAGGAUAUUCUGAGACACUUGGCAAAGGAAGACGUGCGGGUUCCUAACGGUGGACGCCUUACAUCGAGGAGAUUUUUAGGGCUCGGGUUGGCUUUUGGUGGCCAUGGUGGAAUUGAUGGUGUGCAUCAUCUUGUACAGCGCGCACAUACCGAUCUAAAAGUUCUCGGCCAUCUUUCGUAUAAAGUUCUUCAAUCCAUCCAGGGAAACCAAAGCUUUGACGGAAACGUCUUGUACGCACUUGUUCACGAGCCAAUAUAUUGUCAACACCGCGCUGCCGAAUGGUCUGCUUUACGCACAAAGCCAAAUGACCCGGAAUUCAAUUUGGCACAAAGCCUCGAAAGGAAAGGUCAGCCAGCAUAUUUCACCGGCGAGAUGAUCUUCCCCUGGACCUUCGAAGACCACGCCGAGCUCUCAAAGCUCCACUACGUAGCCAAAACACUCGCCGAAUAUACAGAAUGGCCAUCCCUCUACUGCGAGGAUGUGCUUGCGGAGAACAGGGUCCCGGUUUAUGCAGCGACGUACAUAGAUGAUAUGUACGUUGACUGCACACACGCGCGCAGGACUGCGGGAAAGAUUCGCGGUGCAAAGGAAUUUGUCACAAACGCUUUGAUGCAUAACGCGAUUAGGGCGAGGACUGAAACAGUUAUGGGGGAGUUGUGGAGGCUGAGGUCUGGAGAGGUUGAUUAGACUAUAUAGAGGGUGGGUAGGGUGGCGGAGGCUUAAUUGUCGGGGGCGGGUUUUUUUUUGUGGGGACGGUUAAAAACUUACAUGAAUGAUGGAGGCUGUUUGCUUGCUAUAAGUUGCUAUGGUGCCAGAACCCGUGGAUGGUAAGUGUGUAACUCCCGCAACUUUGAUUUUUUUUUUUUUUAAUUGGCGGGAAGUAGUCAACUGCAUACUAUUUUGAAGUCUAGAACCACAAUGAAAUCAAUUUUUGAACGCAAAAAA